AUGUUUCUCUUAUUCACUCUCUCGAAAGGAGUGAUGAUUUGGAUGAUAUUUUUUCAAGUACUUCGAAGUCACUCUACGGGCAUGGUUUGGGGCCUCAGCACUGACUCAAAACCCAUCCAGGCAAGUGGACCUCGACGGAUAGAGACUAUUCAAAAGCCUCGUCGUCUGAUCAAACGAUCACGAGGCUCCACGCUCAAUGACUCAUUCAAGCCAAUAAGAAAAUUCUUACGCUCUAAAUCAGUGGGGUGCUUUGAAGGAGGCAUCAGGCGGGAUAGAAUCGUGAGCGACACUCCAACAUCAAAGAAGGAUCACCCAAGAAAGGUACCAUUUACUACCGAAACACCCACCCACCUGACUGGUCGAGAGAGAGCUUCCUCCUACCCCGCUUCACCUGUACCACAACGUAAAUUCAAUCGUUCCACCUCAAUCCUUAGCUUCAUGAGACAUACCAAACCAGAUAAAAUUGUGAAUGACGCUCUCGAAUCCAAGAAACAAGAAGCCAUCGAAGGGACAGGAAAAGAUGAUUUUUUGGUGAUUGAAGAACCUCGCCAAAAGUCCCAACAACAGAUACCUAUGUACAGCCCGGAAUACGAACCUUUACUUCGAACUUUCAAAACAGUUCAACCUGUCUCACCCCCUAAACCCAAGCCUAAGGUAGGAAUCUUGAAGGCGUUGAAGGGAGGCCUAGAAAAAUUUCUUGAGAAACUGGCACAGCUUACGGUCAGCUUUUGUCAAGGGUUUUUUAAGAUGAUGCGGCGGAAAAAUGCAUUUUUGACCAACCUGAGACUGAAUCACAUCAUACCAUUUUCCCUUUCAGUGAGCAAUGUCCCCUCAGAUACGGGGGCAGCAGCAGAAACAGGCCAAUCUAGUGUACUGAAUGAUAUGAAGAUGCUUGCUUGGGAGCUGAUUUUGAAUCCUUCAAAACGAGACACGGUCAUCUUCGACAUCGCGGGAUAUAAAAACAAGAAACCCUACUUGUCCAUUGUAGAGAACAAAAUCAAUACAGCGACUGAAACUCUCAAAACAAAGUUGAGAGAAAAAAUUCCGAGCUGGGUGAGCGCAGAACUUGCUGAGCGUUCUAAAAAUCUCCCAAGUGGAUGGGAUGAGUAUGUGAGAUCACUGUCACCAUCAAAGAGAAAAGAAGUCAUGGAUAUAUCAGAAGGAACGUUCAAGGAAUUGGCGGCACAGAUUCCUGCAUAUUAUGCGCGUCAAGUUGGAGAGAUUGCUCGAGAGUAUAGGAAUGCAAGAUUGAAUCCUCCUGUGGCAGCCGUUGUAUAA